CUCAGUUCGUGGCGAGAAUCUGGCGAGUGUGGAUGCGUUCCGAGCAGAAACCGCGUCCAAACGAAAGUUCCAUUCUGCCCAAUGCAAUCCGCUAAACCGAUAAAACAUAAAGAGGAAAGAAGUACGAACCCAAAGUGCAAUAUUAAUUUUCACACUACAAGGCUUAACGGGCUUUGACUGGCCCUCAAGUUUGGUUUAAAGUUUCAAAGCCAGUUCGAAAAUCUCUGUACCCCUCAGAAUAUCUUCAAAAUCCAAACUUUGAAAAAAAUCCAAUACAGAUAUCUGUGUAUAUGUAUAAUGUAUGUACGUGAGCGAGUGCCUGUGGUGGUGCAAUAAUUGUGAGCGCCAAAAAGCCGAAGGGACGAAGCCGCGCAGCAAAAUAAAUCUCUCGUCUCGUCUCGUCUCUCUGUUCGCGCUUCUCGUUCUCGCGUCGAGUCGCGCCGCUUUCUCCAGUUCGAAAGUCGCGUAGUAAAAAGUGUCGGCAAAUCUGCGCCCCGCUGCACCACCCACCCACUUAGCCACCUUGGCCACUUUGUUUUUGGUCAAGACUUUCGCACACUCGACUUCGAAAUUCGAAAUUGCGAAUUUGGCGCGCACCGGAGCAUCAAGUUAAAACACACACUUAACGACAUAUCCCAGCUCAAUUAACAAUAGUAAACAGAAAACAAAACCCGGGAAAAUAGGUAUAAAACAAUGUUAAACUUACCCGGAAAAUACAAUACAGACUUUUGGCAACAAAAAAUUUGUGACUUUCAAGCGAUUAUAGCAAGUAUAUGAAAACGCAUCCAAAAAGUGUGAAUAGGUGAAAAAAAUCAAUUAAACCGGGAAGUAUAUUUCAUAUUUGAACUGUUCUGUGGUGUUCAACCCAACAAAUAGAAUUUAUACAUUUGGAAUUUAAAAGCAAUCGAUAGUGAGUCUAGCCGCAAACACGGGAUUUAAUCGUGAACAAUCCAAAAUAAAUUGAUCCACAUAAAUACGCAAACGGACAGCAAAACAAGCAAAAAUGGAGAGCAAACAUUGGAGCUGCUUCGUGGCCAUUGUGCUGGGUGUGCUAAUAUUCCAAAUGCACAUAUUUGUUGCGUCCGCCGAUCAGGAUGAGGAUAUACCGCACAACGAGGUUCGCAAUUGGGCCUUGAAGUUCGGCGUUGACUUGUGGGAGUUUGGACGACAAUUUACCAAAAUGAACGAGAUCAAAAGUCGCUUCAAGGACACCGAGAUCGAAGUAAAGCGCAAGGAUGGUAUUAUCCUUCUGCGUGAAUUGGCCGCCGAGGUAAAGAACUUUAUGGAUUUCAAGCGCAAUGCUGUCAUGCGCCUGAUGGACUCCGCCGAGCAGGCAGCCCUAUCAGAGCUGGAGGGCCAGGGGCAGGCGGAAUCCCCGUUGGGCGGACAGCAGCACUACGAUGCCCGGCGGAUCAACGAAUACAAUGCCGAUGGGAAGCUGGCGGACGGAGCCCGCCACAUGGACAUCCGGUUCAUGCGGCGCUUCGAGCGCCUGCCGGUCAAUCUCAGUCUAAGCUCGAUUCUGGUCCCGCACGGCGUCGACUUGGAUGAGCCGGACGUGAAGUCGUCGCUGCAGUGGAGCAGCCAUUUGGAUCCGCUGUUCCAGAACAACUUAGAGCAAGAUCCGGCAUUAUCGUGGCAAUACUUCGGCUCCUCCACAGGCUUUCUGCGCCGCUUCCCGGGCACCGCCUGGCCUCCGGAGGGCUCCAAGGGCAGCAAGCUCAUCCACGACUUCCGCACGCACAAUUGGUUCGUCCAGGCCGCCUCGUCGCCCAAGGACAUUAUGAUUCUUUUGGAUGCAUCGUCGAGCAUGACAGAGAAGUCCUUCGACCUGGGGAUGGCCACCGCCUUCAACAUAUUGGACACCCUUGGUGAAGAUGAUUUCGUGAACCUCAUUACCUUCUCAGAGGUGGUAAAAACCCCAGUGCCGUGUUUCAAGGACCGCAUGGUUCGGGCCACGCCCGACAACAUCCAGGAGAUCAAGUCCGCGGUAAAGGCCAUCAAGCUGCAGGAUACGGCGAACUUUACGGCGGGUUUGGAGUACGCUUUCAGUUUGCUGCACAAGUACAACCAAUCUGGGGCUGGGAGUCAGUGCAAUCAGGCCAUCAUGUUGAUCACGGAAAGCACCUCGGAGUCGCACAAGGACGUUAUUAAGCAGUACAACUGGCCACACAUGCCCGUCCGAAUAUUUACCUACCUGAUUGGCAGCGAUUCCGGAAGCAGGAGUAAUCUCCACGACAUGGCCUGCUCGAACAAGGGAUUCUUCGUCCAGAUCAACGAUUACGAUGAAGCUCGCCGAAAGGUGAUUGACUAUGCCCUGGUGAUGGCUCGUCCAAUGAUCAUGUACCAGGCGGACCAUCCGGUCCACUGGAGUCCAGUGUUUGUGGCUGGUAAGUCCGGAGGACUUGGCCGCGAUUCGGAGUACCAGCGACGCCUGGUGACGACAGUUUCAACUCCGGUCUUCGAUAGACGGAACCAUUCGGUGCGCGUUGCCAAUCUGCUGGGCGUGGUGGGCACCGAUGUUCCCAUCGAGGAGAUCCGCAAGGUGAUCCCCCAGCACAAGCUGGGACCGAAUGGCUAUUCGUUUAUCGUAGAUAAUAACGGACGGGUGCUUUACCAUCCGGAUCUGCGUCCUUUAGGCGAUGCCAACCAGUAUAUCGACCAGCUGAAGCCCAAGUACGCCUCGGUCGACAUCACGGAGUUGGAACUGCCGGAGACGGAGUUCGGCAACAAUAACGAACCCAUUGAAAUAAAUAAGAACCUAUUAAACGAGAUGCGCGGUGACAUGAUAAAACCGAAGGAGGGGGAGACAGAGUUCACUGUGAUGAACCAUUACGAUGAAUCAAAAAGGGUUUCGACCAGGACGCAUCGGUACUUCUACGGCCCUAUCGAGGAUACACCAUUCACACUGGCUAUUGUGCUCCCGGAGAAAUACGGUAGCCAUGAGUUUGUCUCCCAGCAAGAGAUUCGGCAUUCGCGUAACAAUGUUACUGAAUACUUUAGAGGAGACAACUGGCGCGUACAUCCCGACUGGGUAUAUUGUGAGUACAAUAGCGUGAGUGAUCUGGAGAAGGAAAGAGAGAGCUCCGGUGAGUACUCCUCGCGCGAUCAGGAGCCCAGUUUCGGAUCGCCGGAGGAGCAGGUAUUGCACUUUCUGUCUCGUGCUGGACGCCCCGGCUGGAAGUGGAUGUCGGUUCGACCUAAGUCGCCGCAGCCACAUCACAACAUGCACAGUGGCUCCAACGGCAAUGCGCCAGGAUCGAGCCACUUUGGAUCGCAGCACCAAAACUCUCAGGGAUCUCGCAAGGCUGAGCCGUACUUUUGCGAUCGAGCCCUCCUCCAGAGUUUGGUGCGCGAUGCCAUGGUAACUGAUGGACUCGAGAGGAACACGACUGGAUCCUCCAGCGGAAAGGAGGAUAAGCAUCCCAUCGCCACAUUGAUGGCAAUCCUAAAGAGGCAAGGCUACCAGAAGUUUGUGGUCGCUACUUCUUUCGUGGCUACGAGAUCGGGUCUCCUCCGGUGGAUUGAUCAUGUAAAGCGACCUGAGGAUACCCCCGAGCCUCACUUCAGCGAAGAUAAUGUUAGAGCCAUGGACACAUCCUGGUAUAAGAGGGCCAUUGACCAACAUUCGGUGGAACCAGAUAGUUUUGUAUACAGCGUUCCCUUUGGAUCGGGCUAUGCCAUUAAGUCGAACGCCACUCUGGUGACCGCCUCCCAUGCCAUAUUUGUGGAGCAUCGAGGUCACAAAGCUGCAGCCGGAGUUGUGGGUCUGCAGUUUCAGCACGAUUCUUUAGCGAAGCAUUUUAUAAACAUCACCUCAGCCUGCACUGGAAUGACUGGUUGCAAGAGAACCUGUGCUUCGGACAAUUUGGACUGCUAUGUUCUAGACAACAGUGGAUUUGUGAUCAUAUCCGAAGAGAUGGAGCACACGGGCAAGUUCUUUGGGCAGAUCGAUGGCACCAUUAUGGAUUCCUUGGUGCAGGAUCGCAUCUACAAGAGAGUUACGGUGAACGAUUAUCAGGGUGUCUGCUCCGAUGCGGAUAAUCCAUAUACGGCUGCGGGGGGAAUUUUAGAACCCAAUCGCCUUGGAUCCUGGUUUUUCAAUCACCUUUUGGCCCUAAGUGCCGCCUGGUUGUCCCUUAUUCCUGCUUCGCUGCGUGCUUGGCCGCAGGAAGAGUAUACUUAUGACAACGAGGAUGUGGUUUUCGUGGACAACAAUUACUCUGAUGAAUACGAGUUCGGUAAUGAAAACGAAUACAAUAUGCAGGUGGAUCAGGAAAUGGACGAAUUCUUCACAACAGCCGACGUGGAAUAUACGACACCACCGCCUAGACAGCAUAAACCUCACGUUGGACCUAGAUUUUCACCAGACCCUCACAAUGCCAGACGUUGCGAUCUCCGCACGGAUCUCUAUAUGCUUCAGCCGGACCGCCUGAAUCAGGGUGGUCAAAACAAUCCACUCAAAGGUAAACUAACCAACUGUCAUGUGUCUGGAUGCGAGCGUCCUUUCAGCGUUCAAAAGAUCCCGCACAGCAAUCUGAUCCUGUUGGUGGUGGACACCUUGUGUCCAUGUGGCUCCAAGCAACUGGACAUUGAGCCCUUGGAGGAGGCGGGCGUAAUCGGAGCCUGCAGUACGAGACGCCAGGGACAGGAGCAAGAGUCCCGAAGGCGCCCCAAAAAGUGCAUCAACUAUCAUCCGGAGGAGAUCGAAAUACAGCAAUGUGGGCGUGGUAGCACCCUGCUGCACAUGUCUGGAUCGGUGAUUGUGGCCCAUCUUUUGAUGGUGACCGUGACCUUUGUGCUGGCCAACGCGUGAUAUGAGUACUAAACAUAUUUUGGAAACUAAGUUUGCACUAAAUAUGUGUUGAAAGAAAAUAGCGGAUGAGACCUUAAGGGCACCAGAAUUUCUUUUCGAAGGAAAUAAGCAGUUUGAGUUUGUUAAUUUGGGGUAGAAGUGAAAGCUGUUAGAAAACCUCUUGCCACUGAACCUGGUAAGAGAAAAAUCAAAUAUUUAUUAGAAGAUUUGCAAACGAGCAACGUUUAAUGAUAACACUAUCGAGUUUAUAUCCUUAUGUUUGUAGACAAUAAUUUCCAGGACGAUUAGAAAAAACGAUAGCUAAACAUAAAUUCUGUAUGUAUGUGUGCAAUACGAUUAGCAUUUAAAAAAUAAUUGUUUAGUCCAAAGCUUUAUAGAUCGAACUUUUCUUUAAAAAUUAUUAAUUUAUUUAAUCAUUCAAUAUGAUGCGCAAUUUCAAGAACCAGUGCAAAAUAAAUAAAUAAAUGUAAUAAUGAAGGUAAAAUAGUUAUCAGUCGGAUUAUGUAAAUAGUAUCAAAAAUAUUCAGCAUGAGCAAAAUUCCUACCGAUAAAUAAUUCGUUUCUUUCCGGUUUUUUUGUCGUACAACUUAAAUACUAAAUAAACGGAGUUACUUUUGCACUCAACUGCGUACGCACAAAUAUUAAGUAUUAUAUAUUUUACAACCAAAUAAAAUCGAAUUCACUGAACAAAUGUAAGACUUGAAAUACCCGACAGCAAUGUAAAAAUAACAAAAACACAUUAAGAACAAAAGCAAAACCAGAAAAAAUAUGUAGGCAGUUACAUAUGUAUAUGGCUGACAACCAAAUUUGAACAGAAACAAAACGAAUACAGAAGAAAACCAAGUUAAUUAUUAUAUAAAUAUUUGAUUAGUUUUGCAGAAAACACAAAAAAAAAGAACAAAGUGGAGAGGGAAUAAAAAUUUAUUUUAUAUACAUUUUUAUACAAACCUCAUUCAUAUAACAAAUAGCGAAGCGCAAAAACCAAAUCAACUAGUUUAAUUGUUUUAAUUACAUUAGACUAUACAGUGUGUUUUCUGCGUUUCCUUUUGUUAAGUUAUUAGGUCUACAUAGAAAUUUACAUAUCUAUCGGAGUUCUGAAAUAAAAAUACAUUUCUUUUCCAAACUAAUAAACAACACUAUAUAAAAAGCAAAUUACAUGAAACACUUACAUAUUCACACCGACACUCAAUCUCACUCACUUUAAACACAAAAAAAACACUUACAAAAAUAUACCAAAUAUAAAGAAAGAAUAUUUUCUGUGUCUUAAACUUGUAUAAAAAAUGUCUUCCAUUACAAAUACUUAACGAAAAUGAAAUCCAUACAAAGUAAAACAAUUUAUAAAUCAAUACCUACUAAUUAACUAACACUAAAAAAUACGAUUAUAUAAGGAAAUAUAUAUAUAUAUUAAAACAUUUAACUCAAAAAGUCAUUAACCAAGCAUACACAAUUUCAAAAGUUUCGCUCCGCUCCUCUUGUUUAGCUUUAAGCUGAAAGAGGGCAGAGGAAACGCAAAAAAAAAUGGAAAAUAAACAUUCGUACACCCAUUAGAAGGUUAGACAAUGUAGGUAGUUAGGGCUGGCUAAUGGGCGGCACCGGCAGGAAGGGGAGCAUUGAAAGGAGGAUCAUACAAGCAUUAGAAGAAGAAUUAGCAGAAUAUUUAAUAUAUAGCAAAUAUGUAAUAAACUCAAAUUUAACAUACAA